CCCCAGUCUUUACUUCCCAUUAUGGCUUCGCACCGCGCACGCUACGACCCCUCCGACGUUCCUAUUCCAACGACACGGGCCCCGCUUUCGUCUUCUGCUACCGUCCGUCGCGCAAAAACACUCACAAGACCCGAGCGCGGCGUCGCGCCCCCUCCUCUCAUUCAUGCCCCAGCCACUCUUUUACCUUCGCCCUCUGGCCAUGUCGCCCAGGCGGAGUCCAGCGGCUGGAGUCCCUGGCGUAUAUUCUCCCGCGUCGUCACCUUCUGGGCACCAGACGUCCUUCUCUCGUCCAUGGGUGGACUGAAGGAUGAUCAGAAGCGCCAGGCUUGGAGAGAGAAGAUGGCGCUCUGCUUCAUUAUUAUAGUCUUAUGCGGUGGUGUCGGCUUCGCGACCGUGGGUUUCCAGAAGGUACUGUGUCCCGACACUUCAGCAUCCACAAGCCGAUUUGUCCGGAAGGGCAGCGCUCUGGGUGUCUUAGGCAUCCAGGGCUACAUGUUCAACGCUACGUCGACCGCCGCUACUAAUGGUGUCGACUUUCCCGCCCUACUCAAGACCCCUGGCCAAGAUAUCACCGUCGUCUUCCAGCGCUCCGCGAAGAACUUUCCUGCUUGCGACAACCUUAACUACCGCGUUGCACUGGAUGACCCUUGCUCCACCGCCAAUGCCCAGUCCACCACCUGUAAACUCGGACCCAUUAAUUCCACGUCGACUUUCUCCGCGCUUUCUCUUCAUAACACGAGCUUUAUUAUUGGAUAUGACUGGGACCAAGUCGCCGAACUCGCCAACUAUAUGGUUAUUGACGGCGCCGUUCUCAACAUGAACCCAUAUAUGGAGCUUCACCCUCACUCCAUUCCAGGAGACAACGCCGACCUCGCCAUUCGGACCAUCCUCUCCGGCCAAGGCUCCAGCGGCCGCGAUGGCACUCGUCUCUUCUACAAUCGCGAGGAUAUCCGUAAGGCCGUCCCCUGCAUGAUCCAGCGGUACUACGCUGGCAACAUUGAUAAGAUCACUCCUGGAUGUUUCGUGUCGCAGCUCCUGCUGUACGCCGGCCUGAUCGUCAUUCUCGGGCUGGUGCUCGUGCGGUUCGUGAUGGCGUGUAUCUUCAACUGGUUCAUGUCCGAGCGCCUGGCGGGGCCGCCAGACGACAUGACUUUAAAGCGAUCCGCGAUCAGUCCAGCAGUGAUGCCUGAGGGCGCCAAUGUUUCCAUCGACAACAAGGCGGGUACUGCUCCGUGGGCGGGUCCUGGCGGGCAACAACGGAAGCUCGGCAAGCCUACAAACAAGUCGGCGAAGUCGUUCGCUACUGCUUCGAGCACGACACUCGCUGAGCCGACAGCGGCGCCCGUCAUCAGCCUCGCUCAAAUCGGUUCCGAGCUGUUCGCUGUGUGUUUGGUAACAUGUUAUUCCGAGGGCGAGGAGUCCAUGCGCACGACACUGGACUCGAUCUCCACUACGACGUACUCCGACGCUCGGAAGCUGCUGUUCAUUGUCGCUGAUGGGAUGGUCACUGGUGCGGGUGAGAAGAAGAGUACUCCGGAUAUCUGUGUCAGUCUGUUGGAUGCGGACCCUCGGUUUGGCAAUCCCCAGCCCAUGAGCUAUAUUGCCGUAGGAUCAGGUGCGAAGAAGGAGAACAGGGCGAUGGUUUAUGCUGGCCAUUACACCGUUGCCGGUCGUCGCACCCCUACGGUGGUUGUGGUGAAAUGCGGUACGGAGCAGGAGGCGGCAUCGGACAAGAAGCCCGGGAAUCGGGGUAAACGUGACAGUCAACUUAUCCUCAUGAACUUCUUCUCCCGGGUGACGUAUAACGACCGGAUGACGCCUCUGGACUAUGAUCUGUUCCGCAAGAUCCAUACGCUUAUGGGCGUGACCCCUGACUACUUCGAGGUCUGCCUGAUGGUUGACGCAGAUACGAAAGUUUUCCCGGAUUCACUGAGAUAUCUGGUGAACUGCAUGCAUCACGACCAGAUGAUCAUGGGUGUCUGCGGUGAAACUCGUAUAGCAAAUAAACGACAGUCCUGGGUCACCGCAAUCCAAGUUUUCGAGUACUUCAUCUCCCACCACCUGGCCAAGGCGUUCGAGUCCGUGUUCGGUGGUGUUACGUGUCUGCCGGGUUGUUUCUCCAUGUUCCGCCUCAAGGUCCGGAAGUCCACGGGCGACGACUGGGUUCCCCUUAUCACCAAACCGGAGAUCAUCAAAGAGUACAGCCAGAGCGAGGUGGUAUCCUUGCACGAGAAGAACUUGCUGCUGCUGGGAGAGGAUCGGUUUUUGACGACCAUGCUGCUACGCUCGUUCCCCAACCGGAAGAUGAUGUUCCUGCCGCAAGCGCGGUGUCGCACCAUCGUCCCCGAUACGUUCAGCAUGCUCCUUUCCCAACGUCGUCGGUGGAUCAACUCUACCAUUCACAAUCUUAUGGAGCUCGUCUUGGUCCGGGAUCUGUGCGGUACCUUUUGCUUCAGCAUGCAAUUCGUCGUCUUCAUGGAUCUCCUCGGCACGGUCGUGCUACCCAUCGCGAUUAGCCUGACAUACAUGCUGAUCGCUGGCAUGAUCAUCACCCCGCCGCAGUCGUUCGAGGAAGCGAUCCCGCUGAUGCUACUUAUCGCCGUGCUCGGUCUGCCCGCUGUGCUCAUUCUCAUCACCACCCGCAAGGUGGUGUAUGUGUUCUGGAUGCUGAUAUAUCUCUUGGCUUUGCCUGUUUGGAACUUUAUCCUCCCUGUCUAUGCGUUCUGGCAUUUCGAUGAUUUCUCAUGGGGUGAAACUAGGAAAGUCGAAGGUGAAGGGAAAGGUGAAGCCCAUGGAGAAGGGCAUGGCACGUUCGACGGGUCGAAUGUGCCAUUACGCAGGUGGGAGGACUGGGAACGGUCCCGCUUGCGCAAGCUUCGCCGCGAGGAGCGCAGAAGAAGAGAGUUCGAGCGGCAGCACGGGCCCGGCUAUGUAGCUGGUGAGGGCGAAUUGCUCAGCAGCCGCUUCGACACCCGCAGUCAAUAUGAUGGGUCCGACACGUACUCGAUCGCUUCUUCCGAAGACGACCACUGGGGAGGCCAGAUUGGUGGAUACAACGAGGGUAGCGCUCAGUAUCCGCCACCUCCGACCGGCCUGUUCGUUCCUGACGCGUCGUCCUCACGGACGAGUCUUGUGGAUGGCUCUGAUCUGGAGGCUAUGCUGGAACAGGGCUUCGAUGACAAGUCGCCAGUGCAGACGCCGACGCGCCAAGUGCCACCGAAUGGUCUGCGGUAUCAGCUCUCCGACGGGCAUGCAGCAUACGCGCCGAUGCAGCGGUCGACAUCACCAGGUGCAUCAACACCAACGUACGUCACUUCGCCCAUGUCUCCCACGAGACCGACGAACGGCGUCAGCUCGGGUGUGAACGGCGAGCGAAAGACGCACGUGAAGAAAAGAAGCGGAGGCAAGUCGUCGUCGGGAGAAGGGUACGGCCCGUUAGGGCCGCUGGAUCCAGGCUCGCGGUUCUGAGAGUGAAAGAGAGACUGGACUCUUGUGUUAUAUUCGUAUGUUUCCUUAUCCCUAUCCUUACCCUCACCCUAUACCCAAGCCACUUCGCCGGAACUCAUUCCUAGCAUCUUAAUACCCGGACGAAGGUGGUCGGGCCCAUCCACGUCUUUUACGCAGCGCAUGCAUUCGCACUCCCCCCUCCCCUCCUUACUCUUCCUAGCACGCUCUCACGGUCGUUCCGCCAUCAUUGCAUCUUGCAUGUGUGUUUGCUGCAUUGUUGAAUAGUCUCAUAUCAUACAAUAGAGUGGGGGUUUAUUGGACUUCGGGGGACGCAUUGAUAUUGAAUCGAGUAAUAGAAUAGUUAUCUAGCGCAUUGUAAGGAUUUAAAUGCUUCUUCGC